AUGACACAACAAAAUAGCAGCGUAACUGAAUUCAUACUCUUAGGACUGACACAGGAUCCUAUGAGGCAGAAAAUGGUCCUAUGAGUCCAAAUCUUCUUUGUAUUCUAUGUAGGAACAGUAGUGGGAAAUUUGCUUAUUAUUGUGACCAUCAAGUCCAGCCGAACACUUGGGAGCCCCAUGUACUUCUUCCUGUUUUAUUUGUCCUUUGCUGAUUCCUGCUUUUCAACUUCCACAGCCCCUAGACUCAUUGUGGAUGCUCUCUCUGCAAAGAAAAUCAUAUCUUAUAAUGAGUGCAUGACUCAAAUCUUUGCACUACAUUUAUUUGGCUGCAUGGAGAUCUUUGUUCUCAUCCUCAUGGCCGUUGAUCGCUAUGUGGCCAUCUGCAAGCCCUUGCGGUACCCAACCAUCAUGAGUCGGCAGGUCUGCGUCAUUCUGAUUAUUCUUGCAUGGAAUGGGUCUUUUAUACAUUCUAUGGCUCAGAUUAUCCUGGCCUUGAAGUUGCCUUUCUGUGGACCCAAUCUGAUUGAUCAUUAUUGCUGUGAUAUGCAGCCCUUGUUGAAGUUUGCAUGCAUGGAUAUUUAUGUGAUCAACCUGCUGGUGGUGUCUAAUAGUGGGGCCCUUUGCUCAUUCAGUUUUGUGAUUCUGAUGAUCUCAUACAUUGUCAUCUUACAUUCUCUGCGAAACCACAGUGCAGAAGGGAGGAAAAAAGCUCUCUCCACUUGCACUUCCCACGUCACUGUAGUCAUCUUAUUCUUUGGUCCCUGUAUGUUCAUCUAUACACGUCCCCCAACCUCUUUCCCCAUGGACAAGAUGGUGUCCGGAAUUUAUAUUAUUGGGACACCCUUCCUCAACCCCCUCAUCUACACACUGAGGAAUGCAGAAGUGAAAAAUGCCAUGAGAAAGCUGUGGCAUAUCAAAACUACCUCUGAAAGCAAAAGAUGA